GGAGGAGACAUGGCCAAACCCCUCCUGGGCCAUCGGAGCAUAGAGGGUGACCCCAGCAUCACACCUGCGGUUGGCCGCACCAUUGGGGUGCUGGGGAGCGGGGACUUCGCGCGGUCGUUGGCCAUCCGUCUGGUGUGCUCCGGGUUCAAGGUGGUGGUCGGCAGCCGCAAUCCGAAGCGAAAAGCUGGCCUCUUCCCUUCGGCAGCAGAAGUCACCUUCCAGGCUGAGGCGGUGAAGAAGACAGAUGUCAUUUUUGUGGCGGUUUUCAGGGAACAUUACUCCACCCUCUGUGACCUGGCUGAUGUGCUGGUGGGCAAGAUCCUGGUGGACGUUAGUAACAACACCGAGAUCAACCACCACAAAGAAUCCAAUGCCGAGUACUUGGCUUCCCUGUUCCCAGCCUGCACCGUGGUCAAGGGGUUUAAUGUGGUUUCUGCGUGGACGCUGCAGUCAGGUGCCAGGGAUGGAAAUAAGCAGGUUCUGAUUUGCUCAAAUAACCAAGAAGCCAAGCGCACCGUAGCAGAAAUUGCUCAAGUCAUGGGAUUCACCCCUGUGGACAUGGGCUGCAUGUCAUCAGCCCGUGAGAUUGAGAACAUUCCCCUGCGCCUCUUGCCAGCCUGGAAAAUCCCCAUCUUUUUGGCUCUGGGGCUCUUUCUUUGCUUCUUCACUUACAAUCUGAUCCGGCAAGUCAUCCACCCUUACAUCAGGGAGCAGAAGAACAAGUUGUACAAGAUCCCCAUCGAGGUGGUCAACACAACGCUGCCUUGCGUGGCCUACGUCAUGCUGUCUCUCGUCUACCUGCCCGGGGUGCUGGCAGCCUGCUCGCAGCUCUACUAUGGCACCAAAUACAGGCGCUUCCCAGAUUGGCUCGACCAGUGGCUCCAGCACCGAAAGCAGAUUGGUCUCCUCAGCUUCUUCUGUGCAGCUUUGCAUGCCGUCUACAGCCUCUGUCUGCCCAUGCGUCGCUCCCACCGCUACCAGUUAAUCGAGACGGCCGUCAAGCAGGUAAUGUGGAAGAAGAUGAAUAUCUGGGUAGAGGAGGAAGUCUGGAGGAUGGAGAUUUAUAUCUCUGUUGGAAUAAUUGCCCUGGGCUUGCUGUCGUUACUUGCCAUCACUUCACUUCCAUCCAUCGCAAACUCUCUCAACUGGAGGGAAUUCAGUUUCAUUCAGUCCACCCUUGGAUUUAUUGCCUUGGUAAUCAGCACUCUGCACACACUCACAUACGGAUGGUCGAGGGCCUUCGAUGAGAACCAGUACAAAUUCUACCUGCCUCCGACCUACACCCUCACACUGCUCGUCCCAUGUACUGUGAUCCUAGCAAAAGUCAUCUUCAGUUUGCCCUGCAUCCAGCAAAGACUUUUGCGAAUCAGGAGGGGCUGGGAGAAGGGGAGAUACGUGAAGUUUGUUCUGCCCAGCACAACGGGAGAAUAUUCAAGCGGGGAGACCUCUAGCAAUGUCUAA